GGGCUCAGUUCUGGACAUGUUUGGGGACAAGGGAUCAGUGGAACAUAGGACGGGAAACGUUGCAUUCGGGGCUGCAGGGUUUCGGGGUGCGGAUCUUAGGCGAGCCGUGUGCGCUGCAGCUGCCGGCAGUCGUACGGCGGCGGUCGGGGUCUCGGGGGCGGUGGGUAGAGAAGAGUCUUUCCUUGUUCAGGAAAGCGGGGCGUGUUGGCGUGAUCCGCUUUAGAAAGAUCAACCCCAAGUAAUUAAACCAAAGAACCUUCUGCGGCGUGAGGGAUUCCCCGGGGCGUCGCCCCUCGACUCCCGUCGGGCCCGGCUGCGCGCGGCUGGUGGGGGAGGCCGGCAGGGGGCGCCCUUGGGCGGGGAGACAGGCGGCGGCAGCGACCCCCAACGCGGCUCGGGGCGGGCAGGGGACGCGCAGCAGUGGCGGAAGGGGUGGCGGUCCUCCCGCGUCUGUGCCGGGGCAGCCUUCUUGGCAGCCCUGCCAGGUUCUGCGCGGGUGAACAAGCUGAAGUCCGAGGGUGGAGGGCGUCACCUUGGGGAUCUGCAGGUUCCGAAGGCCUCCGCAGACCACCAUCCCCUCUGUGGCGUGAGCAUGGCUGGGCGUGUGGGGAGGGCUCUGGAUCACCUGGAGCCUGUCAGUGUCUGUAGCUGUGUUUUUCCCGUCACAGCUUCGGCCUCCAGGUCCUUUCCCUUGUUCCUCGCUCUACUCGGGUGGGGGGUGCGAUUGGAAUCCAGAGGAAGCUGCCACUCUCCCAGCUUCGGGGUGGUGCCCCGCCAGCUCCCAUCCCGCGGCCCCGUCCAGAACCGUGUCUGGAAGGAGUGGGGCGGAAGAGGCUCCCACGUCGCUCCUCUUCUGAAUGAUCGUGAGCUGUCGUCCCAGCCCUUGCCGUGGGGCCCCGCCCCAGGUGUCGGGAGCCCUGGCUUGUGGAGCCUUCUUUUCGUAAAGGCCUGGGGAGGAGGGUUUGGGGGGGUGGGGAGACGAAGCAAGAGGUUGCGGUCAACCCCGACGUGGACUUGGGUUGUGACGGGCACUGCCAACUGUGCGCUCCCGCGGCAGCAUCUGCGACGGUUUCCUGUCGUUCACCAGAGCUUUGUUUACAUCCAGGAAUCUGUCUCCCUGCACUCAGGUGGGCGCCCCACGAGGGCUGCACCCCAGCGUCUGGAGUUAACACCUGACACAAAUGUUUACCACUCUUUCUGUAAGUUUUGUCUGGUCAUGGCUGGCUGCUGUGUACACAGGGAAGACAGGACACAGUCCGAACUGGAUGAAACCUUCUGCUCAACUGCAUGGACAUCAGGCCUGGUCCCAAGAGCGUGUGGAGGAAAGCUGCGUGAUCUUCUCAAGUGGCCCUUGACUUCUUCCCUCGUGACAUAGAUGGCCAUGUUCGUAAGGAAUUACUGAGCAACAUUCCACACCUGUGCUUUGUGUGGAGUUGAUUGAGAGCCUCUUGGUUUCUAAUUUCUAAAUCCCUACUGCUUUGGGAGGCUCUGCCAUAACGUUUUUGCCCAGGGAGCAGGUCAGAGGGAAUGGUUUAGAAGGCCAACAGGCAGUGUUUUAUUUCAGUGCUUUCCUUCCUACUAAGCCAAGUUGGCAGACCUAUCCUAAGGAGUGUUACUGUGCCUUCCUUCAGGUGAAACAAACGACGAAUCACUUGGAUGGACCUACAGAGGGCCUUUUUCUCACUUGACUACAAGAGUUGCUCAACUCUCAGACAUUCGUGCUGAGUGCCGUGGCUCAUGCACAUAAUCCUAGCACUUGGGAAGGCUUGACUGAACCCAAGUUUGUGGUUGCAGUGAGCUACUAUUAUGCGCCUGCAUUUCAGCAUGGGCAAUGGAGACCAUGCCUCUAAGAAUAAAUACAAGUUUUGAAAAAGGAGAUAUUUAGAAAAAAUAAUCGGAGUUGGC